UGUCCCCGCCGUUCAGGACCAAAUGGGGUCCGUGGGGCGGUCUGGCGUGCGACGACAUCCACCCGGCGAAAAGUAGACACGAGACUGCGCUGGGUACCUGGAGACAAGUAAUUCAUUAUCUAUCUUUGCACAACCAUGCCAUCCGACUUAGCCAAGAAGAAAGCAGCAAAGAAGAAGGAGGCUGCCAAAGCCCGUCAACGUACCAAGAAACCUGAUGAGGUAAAUGGGGAGAGUGAACAACCAGACACUCAGCCUAACGGAGCAGAGAGCAACGGGGUCUCCAGUUUGACAAAGGAGUUGGAUGAGUUUGAACUGCGGAAAACAGAAGCACGGGCAGUGACAGGUGUUCUGGCCUCGCACCCCAACAGCACUGAUGUCCACAUUAGCAGCCUGUCACUUACCUUCCACGGUCAAGAGCUACUAUCAGACACCAGCUUGGAGCUCAACUCAGGCAGACGCUACGGUCUCAUUGGCCUUAAUGGCACAGGAAAAUCCAUGCUGCUGUCAGCAAUCGGGCAUCGUGAGAUUCCUAUUCCAGAGCACAUAGAUAUUUACCACUUGACCCGGGAAAUGGCCCCCAGCGAAAAGACGGCUCUGCAGUGUGUCAUGGAGGUUGAUGAACAGAGGAUAAUGUUGGAGAAGGAAGCAGAGAGACUUGCCCAUGAGGACUCUGAGUGUGAGAAGCUGAUGGAGCUGUAUGAGCGUCUGGAGGAGCUGGAUGCAGACAAAGCAGAGAUGCGAGCCUCGCGAAUCCUCCACGGUUUGGGUUUCAGCGCUGCUAUGCAGCAGAAAAAACUGAAGGACUUCAGUGGAGGAUGGAGGAUGCGCGUUGCUCUAGCCAGAGCCUUGUUCAUCAAGCCCUUCAUGUUGUUGCUGGAUGAGCCCACUAACCACUUAGACCUGGAUGCUUGUGUGUGGCUGGAAGAGGAGCUCAAGUCAUUCAAACGAAUCCUUGUGCUCAUCUCACACUCUCAAGACUUCCUGAACGGCGUGUGCACAAACAUCAUCCACCUCCAUCAGAGAAAACUGAAAUACUACACGGGUAACUAUGACCAGUAUGUGAAGACCAGAGAGGAGCUGGAAGAGAACCAGAUGAAGCGUUUCAACUGGGAACAGGACCAGAUUGCACACAUGAAGAAUUACAUAGCCAGGUUUGGUCACGGCUCUGCAAAACUUGCACGACAGGCACAGAGCAAAGAGAAGACGCUGCAGAAGAUGGUGGCAUCUGGCUUGACUGAACGAGUUGUGAAUGACAAGACUCUGUCAUUUUAUUUUCCUCCCUGUGGGAAGAUUCCUCCACCUGUUAUCAUGGUUCAGAACGUGAGCUUCAAGUACAGUGACACCACACCGCACAUAUAUAAAAACCUGGAGUUUGGUAUUGAUUUGGAUACACGAGUGGCUCUGGUGGGGCCCAAUGGAGCAGGGAAGUCCACACUGCUGAAGCUGCUGAUGGGAGAGCUCCUACCCACCGACGGCAUGAUCCGCAAACAUUCUCACGUCAAGAUUGGCAGAUAUCACCAGCAUCUGACAGAGCAGCUGGAGCUGGACCUCUCUCCUCUGGAGUAUAUGAUGAAGUGUUUCCCUGAGAUCAAAGAGAAGGAAGAGAUGAGGAAGAUCAUUGGUCGCUAUGGCCUGACGGGAAAACAACAGGUCAGUCCAAUCAGGAAUCUGUCAGAUGGUCAGAAGUGCCGGGUGUGUUUUGCUUGGCUGGCCUGGCAGAACCCUCACAUGCUGUUUCUUGAUGAGCCCACCAAUCACCUGGAUAUCGAGACUAUUGACGCACUGGCAGAAGCAAUCACUGAGUUUGAGGGUGGCAUGAUGCUGGUUAGCCACGACUUCAGGCUAAUUCAACAGGUGACGCAAGAGAUCUGGGUGUGCGAGAAUCAAACCAUCACAAAGUGGAAUAGGGACAUCCUGGCAUAUAAGGAGCACUUGAAAUCAAAGAUUGAAAAGCAGCAAGCGCAUGAUAUCUAGAGUGACAUCAUUGUAAGCCACUUUUUUUUUUUUUGCAUCAUGGAUUUGACCUGCGAGCUCCUUGAGGGACGUGCAGGGUUUGCAUUGCAGGAAGUGCCCUGAGUAGAACUGAAACUAUCACUUAUGCAUCUUAUUGGAAACGUCUCUUGUACAUGUUGUACUGUAUUUCCAUCUUGAUUUGACAGUGUUGCACCAUGCUGAAGUCAACCCGGCUCCUUCUCACCUUCACCUCAGCCUGCACUCUGAUUGGCUGGUUCACCUGAAGCAUCUCAGUAUGUUUUGGAAUGCAUUCCAUUGUGAGAUCUUUAAAGCAAAAGUUUUAUUUUUCCAAAUAUUUUAAUUCCAACACGUAUGCUGCAGCUUUAGGUUGUAUUUAAAAGUUGACCUUUUUUUCAUGUAAAAGAACGGUUCUGCCUUAAGGUGCAGUCAUUGAAAUUUGAUUCCCAUUCAUUUCAGUGUGAAACAGGGUGAGAUAUAUUUGCUUUCGAUUGGAAUCUAACUCUGAUUGAGCCAGUUGCAGUUUGGCCAGCAAAAUUGCAAAUUUCUUUAAAUGCCCAGUCUGUUUGAGAGAGGCUGGGACUGGCCUUUCACUCAGAAAACAAUGUUUAUAUUCUUGAUUUUAUAACUGCACAGCAAAAUAAUCCAAGCAGCGUGCCCCUGUCCUCACACUCACUGCAGUCCAAAAGCAUCCCCCCUCUGCUGCUUGCAUCAUUUUACCCUCACAUAUAAAAUGAGAACAUAAACAUUUUCGUUUAGUGAAGGAGAGGUCAUUCCUACCCUACACCACCUUCAAAAGAGCUGGACAUAGGAGAACCUUGUGAUUUUAUGGGUUCAGCCAGAGUGAACUGUGGAGUGAAGCAGAGGAAUCAAACAGAAGCCGAUGUGUUACUCAACAUUUCACAUACACAUGAAUGGGAAGUGAAUUUAAGUGCAACUACAUCUUGAUAGAAAAAUGUAAUGCAAUAAAGAUUUGUCUGAAUAAAGAAAACAAAAGUAGCAUA